AUGACAGGCCAGGGCCAGUCGGCGUCCGGCUUGUCGGCGUGGAGCAGCACAAUAUUCCGCCACGUCCGCUACGAGAAUCUGGUGGCGGGCGUGAGCGGCGGGGUCCUUUCCAACCUCGCGCUGCACCCGCUUGACCUCGUGAAGAUCCGCUUCGCGGUGAGUGACGGAUUGGAACUAAGACCAAAAUAUAAAGGAAUUUUGCAUUGCUUGACCACCAUUUGGAAACUUGAUGGACUACGGGGACUUUACCAAGGAGUAACCCCAAAUGUGUGGGGUGCAGGUUUAUCCUGGGGACUCUACUUUUUUUUUUACAAUGCCAUCAAGUCAUAUAAGACAGAAGGCAGAGCAGAACGGUUGGAGGCAACAGAGUAUCUCAUCUCAGCUGCUGAAGCUGGAGCCAUGACCCUCUGCAUCACCAACCCACUAUGGGUAACAAAAACUCGCCUUAUGUUACAGUACGAUGGUGUUGUUAAUGCUUCACAGCGGCAAUAUAAAGGAAUGUUUGAUACGCUUGUGAAAAUAUAUAAGUAUGAAGGUGUGCGUGGAUUGUAUAAGGGGUUUGUUCCUGGGCUGUUUGGAACAUCACAUGGUGCCCUUCAGUUUAUGGCAUAUGAAUUAUUGAAGUUGAAAUACAACCAACAUAUCAAUAGAUUACCAGAAGCACAAUUGAGCACAGUAGAAUAUAUAUCAGUUGCAGCACUAUCCAAAAUAUUUGCUGUGGCAGCAACAUACCCCUACCAGGUUAUAAGAGCUCGUCUGCAAGAUCAGCACAUGUUUUACAAUGGUGUAUUGGAUGUAAUGACAAAGACAUGGAGGAAAGAAGGCAUCGGUGGAUUUUACAAAGGGAUUGCCCCCAAUUUGAUUAGAGUUACUCCAGCCUGCUGUAUUACCUUUGUGGUAUAUGAAAAUGUCUCACAUUUUUUACUUGGCCUGAGAAAAGAUGACAUAAACUAA